AUGGUAAGAUACUUGGUUUAUGUUCAGCCGACUCUGACCCAUUUUCUUUUUGUUUUCCAUUUGUUACUCUUUUGGCCGUAUUGUGUAGUAAAAAUGGAAAACGAGGAAUUCGACUUCUAUUCGAGGUUUGUCAUAAGAUGUGGGACGUCUCCAUGUAAUCUGUCUUUAGAUCUGAUAAAUGUUCAUUGUUUUAUAAAGAAUGCCUGUAAGGAUGUCCAAGAGAAUUGUUCGGUUAAAGAUGAAGUCGAGAAUAGGGAUAACGUGGAACAGUGGAAGAGGAAUAAGCAUAAGCAAGAUGGUGUUAUGAUGCCUUUUUAG